AAUCAGACUGAAACCAUGCAGCGUGCAACUGUUGUUCUGUGGAUGCUGCUCACGCUGUUUAAUAUUCAGUGUUGCUGUUGCAGUCAUAGACAGGCAGCUGGGCUAUGCCUUAGCACAUCUGUGCUGCAUAUUCAUCUCAGAGAACUCAGGACAGCUAAUCAGAAAAUAAGCAGCUAUUUUCAAAGGAGAGACGGCAAUAUUCGUGUAUCGCUGCUGAGAGGGAAAUUUCAGCAUGAAUUUAAGGGUCGUUUAGGAUGUCAGUUUUUGAAGGAAAUGUUAGAUUUCUACCUCAGUCACAUAAUCCCAGCCGCCAAGACGCAAAGCAAAGCCUACAACACCCACAUCAGUAAAAUCGGGAACACGCUGUUCGAACUACAACAGAACAUAGAGAAUUGCCACCAACUCUUUAACUGUGACACCUGCAACUGCAAUCGCAGUAAUUACAUCGAGGAGAUAUACAACAUGUACAAGAAGUUGCAGGAUAAAGGUAUAUACAAGGCUAUGGGAGAGCUCAACACCUUUAUUGACUGGCUCGAUAGGUUUCUGUCGAUGAAACUGAAAGGAGCGAACAAGAAGAGAAAGUGAACACUUUUCCGAUGGAGCGAAGCCACUAGUAUUUAAACUGACACAUAGAUAUAUAUAUAUAUUUAGGGGAUUUGGCAGUUUCAGGCAUUUUUCUUUCUCCAAUUUUCUUGCAGGAUGUGAAAUGACAGUAAUUUAUUAUCUAGUAUCUAUCUAAACCAAUUUGAAA